UAUAAAAAUCAUUAAAAUUGACUUAAAAUUUGAGAUCCUAGAGGACAGUCAUAUUUUUAUGGAUCUCAUAAACAAGACAAGUGAUGAAAGUGAGAUACCAAACUUAAAAAGUGAAUUCGAUACAAAAAUAUUUAAUGCUAUUAAUGGUAGCAUUAAUGAAAAAGACUUAACAACAAGUACAAGUGCAAGUACAGUUGAAGAAGAAACAACUAUAUCAUCAUCUACUACAAUUACAUCUACCUCAACUACAACAAGUACAACUACACCUACAAUGAGAAGGGGAAUUCUGGAGGAGGAGGAGAAGGAAGAAACAACAACUACAACAGCAGCAACUACAUUAAAAAAAGAACUUCUGGAAGAAGAUACAACGAAAACAGCUACAUCAACAACUACAACCCCAACCAAUCUUUUUGAUUUUAAUAGCGAAAAUGAAAGUGUUGAUCACAUAGAAAAUAAAAACAUAGGAGAUGAAAAAUCAGAAAAAAUUGAUAUGGGUAUAAAUGAUAGUGAGAGAGAAUUUGAAAACGUAAGUCGAGCACCAACAUUUAGUAAUACGUCACAAGAAUUAGUGUUGGGGAUCAGUGAUAGUGAUACAGAAUUUGAAAGUGUAAGUCGGGUUCCAAUAAAAAGGAACACUACUCAUAAAUUAAAAAGCACUGAAAACAUACACAACUCUCAAAUCGAAUUCACAAAGAGAGGUAUAAUUGAGAAUUUUAAGCAAAAAUUAGUUGAAAAUGAAAGGAGAAUAAUAGGGCAUAUGGAUUUGGGAAGAAGGGGUCUAAACAGAUUCUUUACCAUCCAAUACAAAACUGCUACAGUAGGAGUUAAAUGUCAUUACAAUAAUAUAUAUAGAAGAACACAUUCUAGGCGAAGUCUAAGUAAAUCUAAGCGUAUGAAUUUAAAAUAUUUAUCUAAUCGCCACCGCCACCAAAAAUCUAAACGCAUACUAAUACCCCCUUAGCAACUUUAAGAAUAAAUUGUUUUGAAUUUGCAGAAGUUUUAUCCCAAACAGUAAUUAAUGCAGAGAGACGAAAAGAUACGGUUGUCUAUGAAAAAAUAUCAAAAGAUGCUGAUCUUCUCUCCAAACAAGAGAGUAAAAGAGAAGAGAUAGAAGAAGAAGAAACAGGUUAUCUUAGUGAUUGUCCACAAAUCCAUGAAAUUGAAAUCGAUGAAGCAGAAAGAAUUAAUGGGAUAUAUUUAAGAAAGAGAAGUUUAGCAGCUCAAAUGAUGGUUGAAUAUUUAAAUAAAAAAGAAAGUCAGACUAGCACAGAUAAAAUACCAAUUAACGAUAUUAACGAUUUCAAAAUAACUAACAGUGAUAUUAUAUCAUAAUCUGAUUGAGUAGGGAAAUAUGAGUUUUUUCAGAAUAUAAAAAUAGAAGAUGAAAAUAAUAAUUCGAGUAAAUUAAAAAAA